AUGCUCAUCAGUGAAGAGCGUAAAAUAGUUAUCAAGUACAUUCACAAAGGAUUUGACUGUGCUGCAAUUGAAGUGCAAGCACGAGAUGGCACAAAGUUCAUUAAAGUAGAUGAAGUUAAUUCAUUCAUGGAUGCAAGAUAUGUUAGUGCUCCAGAAGCAAUUUGGAGACUGAAUGGAUACGAUCUGUUCAUGAAGUCUCACACAGUAAUAAGACUGGCAGUUCAUUUGCCUAAUCGCCAAAUGGUUUAUUUCCGAGCCGGAAAUGAAGAGCAAGCUGCUGAAAGAGAGCUCAACCGAGAUACUACAUUGACUGCAUGGUUCAAAUUGAAUCAAUAUGAUGAAAAUGCGAGAAAAUUUCUUUACACAGAUAUACCUUCUCAUUAUGUUUAUGAAGAAAAGGAAACUAAUUGGAAGCUACGCCAAAAAGGUGUUAACAAAAUAAUUUCAAGGCUAUACACAGUGAGUAUCAGAGACACUGAAAGAUUUUAUCUCCGUCUACUACUCCUUAAUGUGACUGGAGCUAAAUGUUAUGAAGAUCUGAGAACUGUCAAUGGAGUUCUGUAUGAGACAUUCAAGGAUGCGGCAAUUGCAAAGAAUUUGGUAGAAACUGAUGAUCUUUGGGACUAA